CUUCAUCUUUCCACGGGUAAAGCGUUUCGUGAGUUUUAGGCGCGCAGUUAAUCGUCCGGCCAAAACGACGGACACUGUGACUCAACAGAUGGGCUAAUGCAGCAUGAACAUCGUAACUACUUCUGCAGAAUCCCAGAGCCACGAAGAGUUUGAAACAAUUCUCGUUCCUCGACGACCAUUCCCGCAGAGGUUUGUCUGCCUCUGCCUGGUGUUACUCCUUUUAACAGUAUCUUUUCUCCUGUCCCAAUUACUUUUUAAUUCUGUACAGUAUGUUUUUCACUCCUGCGAUGGAACCGAUAACACACACAAAUUCUCUGGCCCGCAUUUUGCCGGAACGCGCCGUCAUCUACCCAGCUGCCUUAUCAUCGGCGCCCGGAAAUGUGGAACGAGGGCUUUGCUCGAGUUCCUGGACUUGCAUCCGAAUGUGCGAGCAGCCGCCGAAGAGGUUCACUUCUUUGACAACAGCGAGAGAUAUCUUCUCGGAUUGGACUGGUACAGACGACGCAUGCCAUACUCUUUCCCAGGACAGGUGACAGUGGAGAAGACCCCUGCCUAUUUCGUGACCCCUGCAGCCCCUGCACGUAUCCGUUUCAUGGAUCCGGCAGUACGUCUGCUUCUCAUCGUGCGAGAUCCGACAGUACGAUUGGUAUCCGACUACGCUCAGCUGGCAGCAAAUCGUGCCCGAAAAUCAAGACCUCUGUUAUCCUUUGAGGACAUGGUACUACGUGCUGAUGGUGCUGUAGAUGAGUCCUAUAGGGCAGUACGUACAGGAUUGUAUGCAAAAUUCUUCCCAAGAUGGCUGAGAUACUUUCCUAGAAAACAGAUUCACUUGGUGGAUGGAGAUGCCCUUGUCGAGGAUCCGUAUGAAGAAAUUGUGAAAGUGGAAGAGUUUUUACGCUUGGAACACAAAAUUCAACCGGAGAAUUUUGUCUAUAAUGAAACUAAAGGUUUUUUCUGCGUGAGCAACACUACGGCGGUUAGAUGUCUCAGUGGUAGCAAAGGUCGUAAACACCCAGAAGUGUCUGUGGAAGUUAUCAAGAAAUUGCGAAAAUAUUAUGCCCCAUACAAUGAACUUUUCUUUCGACAAGCUGGUGUUUCUUUCAACUGGCCAAUAGAGUAAUAAACCAAGGAAUCUUUUCCUGUAGUAAAUUCCUUUACAAGUACUUCAGAGUCACAUUUUAAAAAUAUUUCUUCCGAAACAAAAGAACUGUAAAUAGAAUAACAGGCAUAUACAUUUCACCUGUGCUUUGAAAAUGUGCUUAAAACGGUAAUCUCAGAAUGUUAAAAAUAUAUUUAAUAUUAAUACAAAACCAUGCACCAUCUAAAUAAUUUACAGCGCUGCAUUUUAGUUGAACCCGUUAGAAAUUAAGUGGUUCUUCUAAAUUGAACUUUUGCUAAAUUGAAUGCUGAAAAUUUGCUUUUUUGUUCUUACAUAAGUUAUUUUGAAUUUCAACCGGUUUGAACUGAAAUUAACAGUAGCUUGUUCCAGAAAACAAAAACUGUUCGUUCUUUUUCUUCGUCUUCUUCUUUGUCUUCAAAAAAAAAAGGAGGGGAGGGGGAGACUUUAGUCAAUAACUUGAAAAAAAAUUCUCACUGGAUAUUUGACCAUUUUGAAUGUUAGUUAAUCUGCAUCGAAAGAGACAGCAGUAUAUUUGUUACCGUGAAAGUCCGAAAUCUAGUAAAUGUCGACAUUUAGCUGUCAAAUAAUAUCGACAUUCACAUGCCAAAAAUAUUGGCAAAAGACCAAAUAUUGCAAGUGAAUGUCGAAAUUCUUCAGUUUUGGUUCUUUACGGUAGCAAAUUUCUUUCUAAAAGAAAUGAAAUCAUUACAUUCGUGUUGAAAAAAAAAUUCGUGGAAUAGUUUCAACAAAGUACAAAACCUUUCAUAGAACUCCUUAUUUCAAAUUUACAAAAUAACGGUUAAUGUUUGAAAUUUAUUUUGUCUGUAUAUAUUGUAAAUACUCAUAGAUAUUUAUGAAACAUUACUUUUUAUAUUAUUAGAUACAUUUUCGCGUUUUCAUGUUCUUGUGCACAUUUUUAUGCUUAGUACGAUUGUCAU